AUGGACCAAGGUCAUCUCCCUCGGGAUGACCUCAGGUGGUUCGGGGAAGGCUUCUCCGGCUUCCCAAAGCGCCUCCCAGAAGACUGCGUCGAGUACAUGAUCUUCAUCAUCGACACCAAGUCAAGCGAAGCACAAAUUCGCAGCCGCCUCCAAGCCGUCCAGCGAGCCUCAUCCGAUCUGACGAAGAAGCUGCUCAAAGACUACAUCUGGCAGCGUGACGCCUUCAAUCUCGAUCUUGUCCGAGGAGACGGCUCCUGGCUCCUCCGCGGCCGCACCGAUUACGGAGACUCGGUUGCGGAUGAAUGGCUCAUUGUUUACUUGCUCCGGGGGCUGAGCAAGCAGUUUCCAGACGCCUGGAUCAGAGUCUACGACACGGACGGGGAGUUCAUCCUCAUCGAAGCCGCCAACGUGCUGCCCAAGUGGCUGAACCCCGAGGUCGCUGAGAACAGAGUAUGGCUGCACGCCGGGCAGCUGCUCGUGAUUCCGCUCCAGCCCACCACCGACGCAGCAUCCCAAAAGGCUCCCUCUGCAUCGGGACCCCUCACGCUCAAAGAAGCACUUUCCCUUGUCGCCAACCCCUCAACCACCCUCAUCCACUCCCCCCUAAUAGAAGCCGAAGCCCUCCACCGCCUCCUUAAUUACCCCACCGCCAUCGUCUCCAACCUGCACACCUCCCUCCUCACCAUCCCUCGGAAACUAGCUUACAUCCUGCACCGCAUCCCCGGGUCCAUCUCCCCCGCAGUAGAGGCUUUCUACCUCCGCGACCCAAUCUCCCUCCGUCCACUCAACACCAACGACGCUAGCAUGCUGUGCUUUCCGCCUGCAGAUUUCGUGACGACCAGCGUACGCUUCACGAAAGUCGGCUUCGCGCAGCUGCAGAGUCAGGAGUUCCCCCCUCCAGCCGCGUGGAAAGACCGGAUGCCACAGUCAGCGAGUGCGAAGGAGGCUAGCCGCGUGGAAACGGGCAUGAAGCUCACGUGUGCGUUUGAGAUGCUGGUUGCGGACCCGCAGAACCAAUCUAGGAAGACGGUGAGGGAGAUUCGGGUGUUACUUGAGGAUGUUGAGAGCGGAGAGGAGAAGCUGCCGGGUGAUGAGGAGAUUAAGGGAUGGGGGGGAGGAGAGGACGAUGAGGCGUGGUUGGAUAUCAACUUUGAGGACUUUGAGAGGGAGCUUGCUGGCAAGGCUGGGGGAAGGCAUGGCAGUGGCAACGCCACUGCUGAUGGGCAGGGCGAACGUAAGGAGGGGUUUGGCGACAAAGCCGCGCAGGAGAACCUACGAAGGAUAGUAGAGCAGUUCGGCGCAUUCCUCAACGACGACGACGCUGGGGUGGAGGGGGCAGAGGUGGACGAAAUGGAUUACGAUGACGACGAUAACGAAGAGGAAGCCGAGGACAGCGACGUCAGCAGUGAGGGCGAAGACAAGGAUGUCUCGUUUGAUGAGGUCGAGUUUGCGAGGAUGAUGCGCGAGAUGAUGGGGAUGCCACCGGACGAUGCGCCAGUCGUGACGCACGACGUGAGGCAAGAUGUUGGCAGGGUGGUGGAAGUGGAAGACAGCGACGAGGAAGAGGAGAAGUUGGAGGAUGUCAUGCAGAGAAUGGAGGCUGAGCUCAAGGAAGCGGGCGCGCUGAAUCUGGAUCCCACCCCCAGGGAGGCUGCCCUCAAGGGCAUCGACAAGGGCAAGGGACGCUCGCUGAUCGAGGAACGUACACAUAAUGUGGAAGAAAGCUCGGACGAGGGCGAAGUCGACAUCGACUUUAAUCUCGCUAAGAACUUGCUGGAAAGCUUGAAAGGACAGGCCGGUAUGGCUGGACCAGCCGGAAACCUGAUGGGAUUGAUGGGCGUCAAGAUGCCGCGGGAUGAAGGGGGCAUGAGAGCCAAGAAGGACGGAUGA